GUUGUGAAAUUAUUGUGAUUUUAACAGAAAUUAUUUAGAAGUAAUAUUAUAAUGAGAUUCUCAGCUAGAUUUUCCUGAUAAUAUUGGUUGGUGGUGGAAAUCCUACGAACUACCAACAUCUCGAUCACAAUGGUCCAUGCAUAUCGUUGCCACACACGCACACACACAUAUAUGGUGGUGGAUCUACAUGCAAAUACUAUCUACUCUUUCCUAUAAUUGCUCAAUUCAAAUAUAGAAUUAGAAACCCAAAAAAAAAAAGAAAAAAAGAUUUAUUAUGAAAAUCAGUGGCGGAGAAUUAAGGAUUUGGUUUGGCCACGCAAACACUAACUGAAAUGAGAAAAAAUGGUUGUUUUCAUCCACAAAUGAAGUUAUUAAGAAAGCUCAUCAUUUUUUUUUUCUUUGAUUGGGGUUGAAUCUUCUCUUUUGAUCUACUUCGACUAGUUGGAAAUUCAAUCGCCCAUUCUGCCAUUCUCACCAUCUAGAAAGGUGGCAUUCCUGUGACCGGAGAACCGCACCAGCGUCUCAUUUUAUCAAGUAUCUCAUUUCUUUGUAGUUGCAUUUCUUUUCAAUUGUUGGAAUGCCAAUUGCUAGCAUAAAUCGAGAUCCGUGGGUGUUCAUCAGGUGGGCCACACGAAGGAUGCGGUCCAACUAAAAAAUCAGGCUAGUUUACAUUUCAAGUAGGUUACACCGGCAUGAAAAAUGGACAGCUAAAAAUGAAUAAGAAUCUGACAUGUUUUAUUAUACACAUUGUAUAUAGGUUUUCCUGCAGGCAUUUGUUUUUAAAGUAAUAUAUUUAUCAUAUAUCAGUUUGGUAUUCACUUAAAUCGACAAAAUUUUGUCUUCAGCAAUUUUGUUAUUAUAUGCUCUCUUAUUGCAAUACAGGUUGCUGCAACUCCCAUGGCAAUUUCACUAGUGAAAUCAGCGAAGAAGGGAAAGAGGCAUCCAGAGGAGUCUAUUGAGAAACAAUCUGCUGCCAAAAAGUUAAAGAGAGAAGUAGAGGAAGCAGUCGAGAAGCAAAGGAGUGGCAAGAAGUCAAAAGCUUCUUUUAAGGUGGCACCAAAGAAGAAGCCCGAAACCAGCAGUUCCGAGGAUGUAUCUUCGUCUAAGUCAGAAAAAGAGGUUUGCUCGAUUGAAGCAGAUUGUGUUUUCCUUUAUGCCAAUAUAGAUGUUCCAUGCUUGGGGGCUUUUUGAUGAGGGAAAGAAAAUGUUCAGUAGUAUUUUCUCACUGUUGGGUUUGCCUUGCAAAUACAAUAACUUAGCAACAACUUGCGAUUUUGUGGUUUGUGGCACGAAAUAGACAUUGUAUUUGAUUGAAUGAAUGAAUUACUGACUAUGCACA